AUUUAUACAUAUGGAUGCUUAUGUAUGCAUGUGUAAUCUUCCAAUACAAUACAAAGUAAAGUAGACAGAGGAAGAGAGAGAGAGAGAUGGGUUGGUUUGUUAAGGAAAGAAGAGGAGGUGCUUGGAAGCGAGGAUGGUUGGAAGAAAUACUGUUCUCGUCUUCAGCCCCUCCUCUAACAUUACUAACUCUCUUUGCCAUCAUAUCUCUGCUCCUCUUUCUCUCCUCCUACCCACGAUACAGGUAUGAGGUUCAGAGAACCGCAAUGAAUCUCAAGCUCUUUCUCAUGUUCCUCCCAAUUCUUUUUGUCUUUCUGCUGGUCUCUCUGCAGUUCGUCCGUCGAAUUCUCUUCAGAUCCUCUUACUACGUCAGAGCAAAUCAGGCUGCGUCCCUUUUUGGAGAAGGCCAAUUUCCCUGGGGAGUCUUGCUUAUGCUAGUUCUUAUAAUUCUUUUGGUUUCUAAACAAUCUUACUUUCACUCCUUAUGGUACCCGACUUUAUGAUCUUUCCAUCGUUUCUUUAUUGUCCAGAAACAUACUUUAUAGAUUGAUAUUUGUUUCUUGUAAUCCACAUCCAACUCUACACAUGUGUUAUCUGCUAACCUAUUUUGAUA